UGUGUUCAUUAACUCUGAACCUGAGUGAGAGCUUUCAGCUGUCUCACUUCUCCAGCUCCUUGCUCUCCACUCGCAGCAGUGUGCUUGCGCUCCUGAGGAUGGUCACUGUCAGAAGACUUUACCGCAGGAUUUGCCGUCUGGCAAAGGCUGCAGCUCAAAUGCAAAACAGCAACUAUGAAAAAUGGUGCAGCACAGCCCGUGGCGUCAUUGUGCAUGACGAGAGCCAGGCAGUGUCAGACGGAGAGCUGAACAUGUCUGCACGGAGCUGUGGAGGCAGCAGCUCCAGUCUCCCAGGGACUCCGGGCGGAGAGGCUGGCCCCGCCAACAGCGUGCUGAGCUGGGCCGUUUCGUUUGAGAAGCUGCUAGAGGACCCCUCCGGUGUCCGUUACUUUACAGCCUUCUUGAGGUCUGAAGUGAGUGCAGAAAACAUUUUAUUCUGGAAGGCUUGUGAAAAGUUCAGGAAGAUACCACCCACUUGCUUGGACGAGCUGAAAACAGAGGCUCGCUCCAUCUACAACACCUACCUGUCUGCCAGCGCUCCCUACUCGGUCAACAUCGAUGACACCGCCAGGACGGAGGAGAAGGACCUGGAGCAGCCCGCACCUGACAUGUUUAACAAGGCCCAAGCACAGAUAUUUAAACUGAUGAAGAUGGACAGCUACAGGCGAUUCGUGCGCUCUCCUCUGUACCAGAGCUGCACCUUGGCAACUGUGGGAGGAAAACUUCUUCCCCAGCUCUCCAAUGAGCCGCUCCGCGUGGGAUCCUGGGAGGACGUGGCGACGAAAAGCCCCUCGUUCAGUGACACAAAGAACAGGAAGUCAAACUCUAACAGUUUGCCAGGGGGCAAGGGUGUCCCAGAGAAACAGCGACAAAACGGAGGAUCCUGGGGAGAUGCAUCCAACAGCCAGGGUGCAGGUUCCCGGAAGGAAUCCCAUAUGUCGGUCAUGUCAACCAGCAGCGUGGAGCUUGGUUCCCUCUGCAGGCAGAUGGAGAACGGCAAAUCAAGUCCCCGCUCUCCAGACCAGGGAGGUGGGGGUCGGAUAGAGGUGGAAGGGGGUUACUGCUGCGUCUACUUACCCGAUGGCAGUGCCUCCCUGGCCCCCACGCGUAACGGCCAACCCAUCAAAGACAUGCUGGCCAGCCUGUGUGAAAAGAGAGGCUUCCCACUGAAAGAUGUCAUCAUCUACCUUCACGAGAAGGACAAGCAUCCCUUAUCACUGGACCAGGACUGCUCCGUGCUGAGGGAUCAGCAGGUCUCCCUCGAGCUCAGGGUGAUGUUUGCACUGGAGAUCGUCUUCACUGGUAAGACAGUGGGGAUCAUGGUGAAGUCUAGUAAGACGCUGCAGGACGCCCUCUCUGUGGUGAUGCAGAAGCACAACCUCAAACCACAAGAGGCUCUAGUCACCAUUGUUGGAAGCGAUGAGCCUGUGAACCUGAGCAGCUCUGUGUUCCGAUUGGCCAAUAAGACGCUACGACUUGACAAAUGCAAAGGAAAAGAGCAGAGCAACACUUCCAGAGGCUCUGGUUCUGCUGGAGUCCCACAGGCAAGCGCAGUGAGCGGAGUUGGCGCGGAGGCCAGAUCAUCGACAGACCGAGCUAAGACUCAGCCCAAGCCCAGUAAGAACCGCGACAUGGAUGGGUUUCUGGACAUGCUGACCAGAGCUCAGUGCUGCAGGGUUGAUGACCAGCGGGGCCUUCUGACCAAAGCACAGCUGCAGGUGCCUCUGUUCCUGCAGCUGCCCUCAGACCAGGGGCCGAACAUGGAGCCAGAGGGGCCUGGUGCAACAAGCUCCCCCGCUGCAGAGCCCAGAGAGAAAUCGGGGGACAAGACGGGUCCAGCUGGAGCAGGAGAGGGACUCCCUGGUUCUGCUAAAUCUGAAUCUAAAGACUUAAGAGAAACAGCAGUUUGAAAAACGUCCAUGUGUGAGAUGGACACAGACAAAGAAGAUCCCUCAGCAUGAUGUUGCCCAUCACAGAAAAAGAUGAACUGAUUUUAGUCUAAACUUGUUAAGCACUUUUUAUGACUGUUUGCGUAUAAGCUCUGAGGCAGCAGUGAGCUAUCAUUUCUGCUGCUGAUGACUGGCCUCAAGAGGAAGAAGAGAUAAUGGCAAGCAUGUAUAGUGUCAUCUUCAAACACUACACAUCCUGAUGGGGUAUGUUUGCUAUGAAUUGUUUGAUGCACCAGUAAAUGUAAGAAAAGAAGUUUAAUCUCAAGAUUUGACCCUGAUGAGUGUUUAAAUAGUGUUCCUAUGAUAUUUAAUGCUGUACAGUGUGAGUUUUUCUCCCAGCUUUUCUUCGAACUCUAAGCUAAAACAUGUUUCUGCGCAGGAACCGGUGAAUGUCCAGAUGGGCUUUUUUGAAGUGUAUUGCACGAUUGUAUUUUCUUUACUUCUAUUAAGAUAAUUGAAUAUUUUUUUAAUGCUUUUACUGCUUUUAAUAUUUAGAAUUGUGGUUUUCAUAUUGUGUGCCAUAUUGUGGAAUGUUUGUUUGCAGUACUGGUUUGCAGUGAUAGCACUUCUUGAAGCCCUGGUCAAGCCCUGUCUUCCUGUCACUUUAUAUUCUACUGUACAUCAGGGUUCAGAUCUUUUCAUGAGUAAAGUGAUAUUAUAGAGAGUGAGUCCCAUGUUGUGAUCAUGAAUAUCACAGGAUGAAUGCAAAGAAUUAAAAUGUUUCUUGAUGGAAUGUGA